GCAGCGGCAGGCAGGGCGGCGGCAACACACCGCAGCGGAGCAGCGCAGAAAGAGCCAGACCAGAGGAGCGGGGUGACAGUCAACGCCGAGCUGCGCCGUCGUGACAGCGCCUGGUUCCCUCGAGCGACCCCGGGAGCCGCGUUUUCUCCUGCUCUACACGGACAAACAGGCCGUCGCCAACAUGACAGCGGAGGAAACCAUCAAUGUGAAGGAGGUGGAGAUCAUCAAGGUGAUCCUGGACUUCCUCAACUCCAGGAAGCUGCACAUCAGCAUGCUGGCGCUGGAGAAGGAGAGCGGCGUGAUCAACGGACUCUACUCCGACGACAUGCUUUUCCUCAGGCAGCUGGUGCUGGACGGUCAGUGGGAUGAAGUCUUGCAGUUUAUCCAACCUCUGGAGUGCAUGGACAAGUUUGACAGAAAAAGGUUCCGCUACAUUGUCCUGAAGCAGAAGUUCCUAGAAGCGCUGUGCGUGAACAACGCCAUGUCAGCUGAGGAUGAACCGCAACACCUGGAGUUCACCAUGCAGGAAGCAGUCAAGUGUCUUCAUGCCCUGGAGGAGUUCUGCCCGAGCAAGGACGACUACAGCAAACUGUGUCUGCUGCUGACUCUGCCUCGCCUCACCAACCACGCUGAGUUCAAGGACUGGAACCCGAGCACAGCCCGGGUGCAGUGUUUCGAGGAGGCGUGCACCAUGGUGGCCGAGUUCAUCCCCGCAGACAGGAAGCUGAGUGAAGCAGGAUUCAAAGCCAGCAGGGAUCGACUCUUCCAGCUGAUGCUGAAGGGCGUCCUGUACGAGUGCUGCGUGGAGUUCUGCCAGAGCAAAGCGACGGGUGAGGAGAUCACCGAGGGUGAGGUGCUGCUGGGCGUGGACAUGCUCUGUGGGAACGGCUGCGAUGAUCUGGACCUGUCCCUGCUGUCCUGGAUGCAGAACCUCUCCCACAGCGUCUUCUCCUGCGCCUUCGAGCAGAAGCAGCUCAACAUUCACGUGGACCGGCUGGUCAAACCGGCCAAGACGGGCUACGCCGACCUCCUCACGCCGCUCAUCAGCAAACUGUCCCCCUACCCGUCCUCCCCCCUGCGGCGCCCUCAGUCUGCAGACACCUACAUGUCGCGCUCGCUGAAUCCAGCCCUGGACGGUCUCUCUUACGGGCUCUCGGGCCAGGAGAAGAGAUCCGGUGGUGAGAACGCUCCCGGGAAGGGGGUCUCUCCCAUGUCCCACUCCUUUGCCAACUUCCACUACCCUGGAGGGCAGAGCCUGAGCAGGAGCCUGAUGAUGGAGAGCUCAGACUGCCACAGCAUCUUCGAGGAGUCGCCCGAAACGUCCAGGACAGACACGCCUGUCGACAAGAUGAUGGGCUCAGGCGGCGCACAGAGCGCGCGCCCGGCUUCGGCUCCGGGGGAGGACGCACCUGCUGCAGAUGCUGCUGACAGGAACGAGCUGCGGGACGCGACGGAGAAGUACGAGGAGUUUUACCGCCAGCGCCUGCGCGUGCAGCAGCACCUGGAGCAGAAGCAGCAGCAGACCCAGAUGUACCAGCAGAUGCUGCUGGAGGGAGGUGUGCAGCAGGAGCCGCCGCCCAGCGACAUGCAGCACAGUCUCACCGAGAAGUUCCUCAACAGGUCCAUCCAAAAACUGGAGGAGCUGAACGUGGGCAUGGAGAGUUUAGGCGAGGAGGUGAAGUCUCUGGCACAGCAGUGUAACGGGAACCCACCUGCCUCGGAGGACAACAACAACCCCCCCUCGGUGACCCCGGAUCAGGGCAGAGGUCGGGCAGGGGUCCUCAGCAGUACGCCUCAGAAAACCCCCGCUGGAGGCCGGGCGGUCCCGUCCCUGAACGAGUCCCCUGUGGUCGCCCUGAGUGGGCAGAAGCAGAAGCCGGGAGACUCUCCAGGCUCCUUGUCCCGCAGCAAAGAGGUGGAGAAAUCCAAGAGUCUGUUUGUCCCAGUGCACACUCUGGAGGACACGCAGGCCAUCCGCGCCGUGGCCUUCCACCCCUCUGGCGCACUCUACGCUGUGGGCUCCAACUCCAAAACCCUGCGUGUCUGCGCCUACCCUGACACCCUGGACCCCAGCAGCUCCAGUCCGGUGAAGCAGCCGGUCGUGCGCUUCAAGAGGAACAAACACCACAAAGGCUCCAUCUACUGCGUGGCCUGGAGCCACUGCGGGCAGCUGCUGGCCACCGGCUCCAACGACAAAUACGUCAAGGUCCUGCCCUUCAGUGCCGACACGUGCAAUGCCACCGGUCCGGACCUGGAGUUCAGCAUGCACGACGGCACCAUCAGAGACCUGGCCUUCAUGGAGGGGCCGGAGAGCGGAGGGGCCAUCCUGAUCAGCGCCGGCGCCGGGGACUGCAACAUCUACACCACCGACUGCCAGCGGGGGCAGGGUCUGCACGCGCUCAGCGGACACACCGGCCACAUCCUGUCGCUCUACACCUGGGGCGGCUGGAUGAUCGCCUCGGGCUCCCAAGACAAGACGGUGCGCUUCUGGGACCUGCGAGUGCCCAGCUGCGUGCGGGUGGUGGGGACGGCCUUCCACGGCUCAGGAAGUCCCGUGGCCUCAGUCGCCGUGGACCCCAGCGGACGCCUGUUAGCCACGGGACAGGAGGACAGCGCCUGCAUGCUCUACGACAUCAGAGGCGGCAGGAUCGUGCAGGUGUACCGGCCUCACGCCAGCGACGUCCGCUCCGUCAGGUUCUCCCCCGGAGCUCGCUACCUGCUCACCGGCUCCUACGACACCAAGGUGAUGGUCAGCAACCUGCAAGGCGACCUCACCAAGCCGCUGCCCCAGACAGUGGUGGGUGAACACGGAGACAAGGUGAUCCAGUGUCGGUGGCACACGGAAGACCUGUCCUUCCUGUCGUCCUCUGCCGACCGCACCGUCACACUCUGGACACACAACCCGUAACGGCAACACACACACACACACACUCAGUUUUAAAGUCAACGUUGGUGACCCCACCUCACAUUCCCCUCCAGUCCCUCGCUCCCUGACUGUAGGAAACCAAAAAUCUUCUCUCCUCCCACACACUCCACCUGUCUCUCCAUCGCCCUCCUUCUUUAGUGUCACAUGAUCCGCACAAGGACGUUGCUUUUUUUUCAUGACGGUGCCUUUCGUUACGACCACACCUUGUCAAAGUGAGUCAUCAUGAGUUCAUGCAUAUCAUGUGAGAGCCAGCGCUGCUACCGUGUACAGUGAGCUGUGACUCUGAGGGGCGUGUUAUCUAGUCACUGUGGCUGCUGUGUUGCUGCCCAUGAGCUUGUUUUUGUUUUUGUUUUUUACGGAGCGAAGUCGUUUCUCCGCUGCACUGAUGUAUUGUUGACAAAGGGAAGCCGUUGCAUUUAGUGGCGAGUGGAGUCCCACCACCAGGGGGCGGAUUUCCUCCCGCAUUUAAAGGCACAAGAAGAGGUGGUGAUGAUUUUAAAAGUAUUUGGGCAUAAUGUUAUUGACAUGCACUUUGUCUCCGGAUUUGCUUUCUGAGAUGUUUUUAAUGCUCACGUGUGUAUAGACGCGACAAAUACAGCCAAACUAACAGAUGUAUUUAUUCAGUUCUGACCAUGUGUGUACAGUAUUUAGUGUUUUUUUUAAUGCUAGUUUAAAUGUGGUAUUUAUGCUGAUGUCUGACUGCCGGUACGUUCAAUAAAAUGCCUUUUACUAG